AUGACUCUAUUUCGCAGGAAACAGCGGCAGAACUUAGACGAGAUUGCGACGCAGCCUUCCGUUUUCGACGACCCGGAGAAAGCAAAAUACUUCCAGCCAACUGAAAAGUAUGAGAACUUACAUCGGUUCGACCCGAGCGCUAGGUGGACGUGGGCUGAGGAGUUACCGCUUAUUAACAAGCUUGACUGGAAGAUCACGCUGUGGGCAUGCAUCGCAUUCUUUGCCUUGGACCUUGAUCGUGGAAACUUGUCACAAGCGAAUACGGAUAAUUUCUUAGAGGACUUGGGCUUAUCUACGAAUGACUAUAACUUGGGAAAUACCAUCUUCAGAUUAGCAUUCUUGUGCGCCGAACUUCCAUCACAGUUGGUGAGCAAGAAAGUAGGACCCGAUCGAUGGAUACCCACAAUCAUGGUCUUAUGGUCUAUUGUGGCAGCCUCUCAGUUUUGGCUGAACAGCAGGGAGACUUUUCUUGCAUGCCGUGUGCUACUUGGUUUGCUACAAGGUGGCUUCAUUCCGGACAUUGUUUUAUACCUGUCAUAUUUCUUUAAGGCCAGCGAAUUGCCUUUUCGCCUGGCUCUAUUUUGGACAACGCUAAAGGUAGUCGAUAUUAUUGCGCCCAUUCUGGCUUUUGGCAUCCUCCGACUACGCGGCCACCACGGACAAGAGGGGUGGAGAUGGUUAUUCCUGAUCGAGGGCGUCUUCACCCUCUCCGUCGGAGUGUGGUCCUGGUUUAUGAUGGCACCAUCGCCUACACAGACUAAAGCAUGGCAUCGACCGAAAGGCUGGUUCAACGAACGAGAAGAGGUCAUAAUGGUCAAUCGUAUAUUAAGGGAUGACCCUUCUAAAGGUGACAUGCAUAACCGUCAAGCGGUCGACUUGAAAAGAUUAUGGAGAUCGCUAUGCGAUUAUGACCUUUGGCCAAUUUACAUUUCCGGACUUGUGUUCGGAAUCCCAGUCGGCCCCCCGGAUCAAUAUCUAACCCUAACGCUCCGAGAUCUUGGUUUCGAUACGUUCAACUCAAAUCUGCUUUCGAUUCCUAGUCAAGUUAUAGGAAUCGUCACGAUGCUUACCCUAACAUAUCUCUCCGAGGUGUGGAAUGAGAGGUCGUUAAUGGGCAUGCUUGCGCAGAUUUGGGUUUUGCCUAACAUCAUCGCCCUGGCUGUGAUACCGAGUAAUACAUCUCCAUGGGCGAGAUAUGCUAUAUUGAUAAUUUUACUCUCCUAUCCAUAUCCCCACGCUAUACAGGUUGGCUGGUGUAGCCGGAAUUCUAAUACCGUCAGAGCACGCACAGUCUCUGCCGCAGCCUACAAUAUGUUCGUCCAGGUCUCUGGUAUUGCAUAUUCGAACAUCUACCGUGCUGAUGACAAACCCGAAUACCGUCGCGGAAACAAGCAGCUCGUCGCAGUUUGCGCAGCAAACAUAGUAAUAUACAUACUUAUAAAAGUCUAUUAUAUAUACCGCAACAAGCAAAGAGAUAGGGAUUGGAAUGCAAUGACUCGCGAGGAGCAAAUACAUUAUCUCGAAACCACCACAGACCAAGGAAGUAAAAGAAAGGAUUUCAGGUUCGCCCAUUGA